AGUGUAAGAUCCAAACGGUUUCACGAAGAAACGAAUUAAGAAUAUUGGAAGAGUAGUUAGUUGCGUCGCCAACUCAUCGGAAAAAUUUGAAUUUCUGGGCAAAAGGAAAAAGCCAUCAUCAUCUCCAACAGCGACAACAAGGACAAAGCUAAAAGUCCCUGUUCUGUUUUCAGAGAGCAACGUUUAACGUUUCGUUUACACAGCACGAAAACACAACAACACUCACAACACCAAUUUUCCCAAAUCCUUGGUUUUGUUCCGUGUCUGUUAUUGUGUUACAAUUUCUCUCUCCUUAUUAUUAUUAUUUUUUUCUCUCUCUUUCUCUUUCCUUGGGACUGAGGAGGUUUGUUUCUCGUUCGCAACAACCUCAACCUCCUCAUUCAAACCUCGUUACUUUCGCUUUCAGCAAUGGAAACCAUCGACCUUCCUCGAUUAGGCAAAUGCGCCUCUGGAGUUCGUUUUCGGAGGUUGUGUUGAUCCGACCCUUUUCCACCUUAUUUUCUUCAAACCACCCCCAGUGGAAAGGAAUUCUUUUUUUCAUUCUUAUUUCCAUUUUCCGCGCUAGUUCCGAAAUGGGUCGGAGGAAUCAGGAAACGGGGUGUUGAAAAUUGAGAAUUUGAGGGAAACGUUGUGAAAAAAUUUCUUUGAAUUUUGGUGAUUGAAGUUUUCAAGAUGAUGUUAUCAUCAGCUUCGAUGUCUUCUCUAACGAGGAGUUCGUUGGAAGAGAUGCUUGAAUCGCUUCGCCGGAGAGACGAGGAGGAGAAGCCGAAGGACAAGCCGCCGGCAUUGCCGUCGCGGCCUCCGUCGAGGGCGCGGUUGCCGUCGGCGAGGAGGUUGCCUAAUAGCUUCAAGGUUGAUGGUGAGAUGGGGCACAGGAGGAAGAGUAGUUUUGGGCACAAGAAGAUAAAGAUGGAUGUUGAAUCUCCUUAUGUAGUUAUAUCAGAAGAGAAAGUGAGUGAACAAGUAUCGCCUUGUCCAGUUUCAACAUCCAAUGAGUCUUCUUCAGAUUGUGAAGCUCCUCCUUCAUCAGGGGAGUUUGAGGAUGACAAUGUUGGUUAUUUCAUGAAAAAGAAACUUCAUGUUUGGUGUAGGCAACCAAAAGGGAAGUGGGAGCUAGGAACGAUACAGUCAACUUCAGGAGAGGAAGCAUCUGUUUCACUCUCAAACGGAAAUGUUAUGAAAGUAGCUAGAUCAGAUAUCCUACCAGCUAAUCCUGAUAUUUUAGAGGCUGUCGAAGAUCUUAUACAGCUCAGUUAUUUAAAUGAGCCCUCAGUUCUUCACAAUCUUCAGUCUAGAUAUUCUCAGGAUAUGAUUUAUAGUAAAGCAGGGCCUAUUUUAAUUGCACUCAACCCUUUCAAAGAUGUCCAGAUUUAUGGAAAUGAUUAUAUCUCAGCUUAUAGGCAGAAACUUAUGGAUAGUCCUCACGUUUAUGCUAUGGCAGAUGCAGCUUAUAAUGAGAUGAUGGAAGAUGAAGUGAACCAGUCUAUCAUCAUCAGCGGUGAGAGUGGAUCUGGAAAAACAGAGACAGCAAAAAUUGCUAUGCAAUACUUAGCUGCUCUUGGUGGUGGUUGUUCUGGAAUAGAAAAUGAAAUUCUUCAGACAAAUUUUAUACUAGAAGCUUUUGGGAAUGCAAAAACAUCUAGGAAUGACAACUCUAGCAGAUUUGGGAAGUUGAUUGAAAUUCAUUUCAGUGCAAUGGGGAAAAUUUGUGGGGCAAAAAUUCAAACUUUUCUGUUAGAAAAGUCAAGAGUUGUUCAACUUGCUUUGGGCGAGAGGUCAUAUCACAUAUUUUAUCAACUUUGUGCUGGAUCUUCGUCUGAGCUCAAAGAAAGACUGAAUCUUAGGAUGGCUAGUGAAUAUAAAUAUCUUAACCAGAGUGAAUACUUGACAAUUGAUGGUGUUGAUGAUGCUAAAAAGUUUCAUGGGCUGAUGGAAGCAUUGGAUGUUAUUAGAAUGUGCAAAGAGGAUCAAGAAUUGGUUUUUAAGAUGCUGGCUGCGAUUUUAUGGCUGGGAAACAUAUCAUUCCAAGUUAAUGACAAUGAAAAUCACAUUGAAGUGGUGAAUGAUGAAGCUGUAACCAAUGCUGCUUUGCUAAUGGGCUGUAGUUCCCAAGAGCUAAUGGAAGCAUUAUCUACCCAUAAAAUCCAAGCUGGCAAGGAUACUAUUACCAAGACAUUGACCUUGCGACAGGCAAUCGAUGCAAGAGAUGCAUUAGCAAAAUUUAUCUAUGCAAGCUUGUUUGAUUGGCUUGUAGACCAAGUUAAUAAGUCACUUGAAGUGGGUAAACGACGCACUGGGAGGUCCAUAAGUAUCCUCGAUAUUUAUGGGUUUGAGUCAUUUCAGAAUAACAGCUUUGAGCAAUUUUGUAUAAACUAUGCCAAUGAGAGGCUUCAACAACAUUUCAAUCGGCAUCUAUUUAAACUUGAGCAGGAGGACUACGAGCUAGAUGGCAUUGAUUGGACUAAAGUAGAAUUUGAGGACAAUCAAGGAUGUUUGGAUCUCUUCGAGAAGAAGCCUCUGGGGCUAUUCUCUCUGUUGGACGAGGAAUCAAAUUUCCCCAGGGCCACUGGUCUAACACUUGCGAACAAACUUAAGCAGCACCUGCACACUAAUCCUUGCUUCAAAGGGGAAAGAGGCAGGGCUUUUAGUGUCUGUCAUUAUGCAGGAGAGGUUUUGUAUGAAACAACUUGCUUCCUAGAAAAGAACAGAGAUCCACUACCGUCGGGUUCCAUUCAACUACUGUCAUCUUGUAGUUGUGAACUGUUACAGUUGUUCUCCAAGACACUUAAUCAGUCUACGAAGCAAUCAAAUUCCUUGUAUGGAGGUGCUCUGGACUCACAAAAGCAGAGUGUUGGCACAAAGUUCAAGGGUCAAUUGUUCAAGUUGAUGCAUCAGUUGGAGAGUACCACACCUCACUUUAUUCGCUGUAUAAAGCCUAAUACUAAGCAUCUUUCUAGAAUAUAUGAUGAAGAUCUUGUGCUACAACAGCUCAAGUCCUGUGGAGUUUUGGAGGUUGUUAGGAUUUCAAGGGCUGGAUAUCCAACUAGAAUGACACAUCAAGAGUUUUCCAGAAGGUAUGGGUUUCUGCUUUCUGAGGCAAACGCAUCUCAGGAUCCAUUGAGCAUCUCAGUUGCUGUUUUACAACAGUUUAAUAUCCCUCCCGAAAUGUACCAAGUUGGCUUCACCAAACUCUAUCUUCGAACAGGGCAGAUUGGGGCACUGGAGGAUAAGAGAAAACAUCUUUUGCAGGGAAUACUUGGGAUUCAAAAAAGCUUUCGUGGUUAUCAAGCUCGCCAUCAUUACCAUGAACUUAAGAAAGGAGUGGCUACUUUACAAUCAUUUUUUCGUGGAGAAAAUGCAAGAAGGCAAUAUGGUGUUAUGGUGAAGUCUUCUAUAACUAUUUCUUCUGAAAAUAUUAAGGAGACACAGGCAGCCACAAUUCUACAAUCUGUAAUUCGUGGGUGGCUGGUUCGGAGGCAUGCUAGUGGCAAAAAUAAGUCAAAGAAAUAUCCUGAAAAUGCUAAAUCUAAGCAAAGGACACGCGUGAGGUUGCCUGAAGAAAAGCAGGAUGUGUCUAGUGAGCGAGUCCAGAAUCUGCCUUCAGCUUUAGCAGAACUGCAAAAGCGGGUUGUCAAGGCCGAAGCCACCAUAGAGCAAAAGGAAGAGGAAAAUGCUGAAUUGAAGGAACAACUAAAACAAUUUGAGAAAAGGUGGAUUGAAUAUGAGAAAAAGAUGAAAUCAAUGGAGGAGAUGUGGCAAAAACAAAUGGCAUCUUUGCAAAUGAGCCUUGCUGCUGCUAGAAAGAGCCUUUCUGCUGAGAAUGCUGGCGGUCAACUUGCAAGACGCGAAGUUGCAUCUUUCAGCUAUGAAUCAGAAGAUGCUACUACCAUGGGAACUCGAACUCCUCGAACGCCGGGUGCAAGCACGCCGUUGAAGUAUUCGAGUAGUCUUUCCGAAGCUAAUGGCUCUUUGACUUCAGUCAGCAACCUGAUGAGGGAAUUUGACCAGCGCAGACAGACAUUUGAUAAUGAUGCCAGGGCUCUGGUUGAGGUUAAAACUGGUCAAUCUGCUAACACAAAUUCCAUCGAAGAACUUCGGAAACUCAAACAUAGGUUUGAGGGGUGGAAGAGUGACUACAAGGUUAGACUAAAAGAGACAAAAACAAGACUUCAUAAAGUAGGGAAUUCAGAAUUGGAUAAAAGGAAGAGAUGGUGGGGGAAAUUGAGUUCUAGAGCACUAUAGCAUUCAGGUUACAAAUAUAUUCUCUUUGUCGAAGGUGAAUAAAAGGUGAAAGAUUAGGAUGGAAAAUGGUAAAAUGAUUGUUGUCAUAAAUGGUAAGUGUUACUGUUGUGUUAGAUGGCGAAGGGAAGAAAUGUAUAUCUACCAAUUUUGUUACAUGGGGGAAGUGGUGUAUAGUUGUAGACUUUAGGAUGCAUAGUUGUAUGUGUAGUCUAGUUUGGUCAUGUAUAUGCUGUUGUUGCUGAUGUAAUGUAAAAUUUAGCCUCCAUUAUAAGUGUUGAUAUCUUCAAUAUUACUAUAUGAUACAUGAGAAACUUAGACUAAUAUGUUUUUAUUUUCUCAAAUUUGGGACAAGUUUAUUUUUGGUUCCUUAU